AUGUCUGUUUCUGCGUCAAACUGUGAAAUCAGGUACGGGUUUCUGGUAGAAAGUCAAACCCUUGUCCACCCAAUAAAUGCCGAGGACCAGUUCGGUAGAGAGGGCUGGGUGAAUCGUGGACACGACCUGACACAAAGAGCUUCCGGUGACUGGGUGAGUGCGGGUGGCCACUCUAUGGAUACAGCUCCGGGUGUGACAGUCCAGGCAUGGCAUGCCCCACGUCCGCCACAGGCGUCCAUUUCUCGGCGACUUUCCGACACGGAGUCGGAAAAGGGAGGCGGUCACGACGGUGUCAACCGAAGAGGCGGUGGCAAUCCUUCGACACGACAGGGGGAUCCUGUUGCGCAGGCUACAGGAUACAGCACCGUUGCGCAACACAGUGAGGGCACAGUGAGCACGCCCAGGCCGUCAGGGACAGGAGAGCAGCACCUCCGCACCCAGGCACCUACAGGGAGACUCAGCUCAUCAUUGCAAACUUCUCCCACUACUGGCGGAGCGCCGGCCAUGCCGGCCCUAGCGCGAUUCUUCGGAACCCGCAGCGGUUCGCCUCAUCGAGGCGCUAGCUGUGCCUCGUGCGAUUCAAUAGACACAGCUAUGGAAGCGCUUCUCGCUACCCGCCGACGCAGAUGGACUGCCGAAUCUCGGUCAGCUGCUCAGAUAGCGGAACUAGAGCGUCAGCAUGCGACACAUGCCCGAUCCGCUGCACAAGGGAAUGGACGAAGCGGAGACGAGGGGCCGCAGGUUAGCAUUUACCAGCAGCUGCAAGACGCACGCCGAGCCGGGGCCGCGGAGCAAAGUGAUCUACGGCAGCAAGAAGCCACUUUGAGUGGCUUUGUAGACGCGCAAAUUCGUGACCGUAAAAGAAGAGAAGAGAGGCGUGCCAUGCAGCUACAGGCCCAACUGCGAGUUCUGGUCGCAGAGGCAGCUUUGGCUCGCGCCCAGGCCACACUAAAUCGGCACCAGCGAAUGGCGGAUCUCCAAGAGGUUCUCGACAACCUAGCAGCUCUGAGGGUGAGAGAACCUUCCCGUGAACAGCAACAGCGGAUGCGCGACCAGGAAGACGAGAUCCUAGAGCAAUUGCGCCAGGAGGGUGAGGAAGUAAUGCAUCCGCGUCGCAGCAGGAGAAAACCCGCCUGA